AGAAGGGGUCAGGGUCUCCCGGCUUGGAGGCACAGUCGGAGAAACAACCAGCCAGACUCUUCAGAGACUGGAGCUAGCCUGACCUGCAUCCCUCCCCUGCUUUGGUGAGAUGUCCAGGGUUUGGAGGGUGGGGAAGGCCGAUGCCCCACCACGGAGUCAUCUCUGGAGCCUCACCUUCCUGAAGGGGGCUUCUGUCCCUAAAGGAUGAAGAGGAGCCGGCUGUUCCUGUAACAGGCCAGAGGAGGAGGGAAUGACCGCUGGGCUCCUUGCUGCCGGGGCCCGGGAGCAAGUGACCUUUGAGGACGUGGUUGUGGACUUCACCCGGGAGGAGUGGGGGCAGCUGGAGCCCGCCCAGAGGACCCUGUACCGCGAUGUGAUGCUGGAGACCUUUGGGCUCCUGGUCUCCGUGGGACACUGGCUCCCGAAGCUGGACGUCAUCUCCCUGCUGGAGCAGGUGACAGAGCCGUGGGCAGUGGACAAGGGCCUUCCCCAAGACUUGGAAACUAGACCCCAAACCAAACCGUCAGUUCCAAGACAAGACAUCACUGAAGAAGUACCUAACAGUGUCCUGGUAGAAAGGUUCCUGUGGGACAAUCUGUGGUGCCCUGAGCAGGGAGAUGCCAACGGCCACUGGGAGCGGAGUCACAGGAACCUAGAUGCCCGUGUGCUACAGGUGGCCUUCACACUGGAGAAGACACUCAUUCAGGAGCAGCAGGUGGGGAAUGGGCUUGGGGAAAACAGAGGUCUGGGCCCUGGUCUUGGCAUUCAGCCAAUGACCCCUGAAAGACGAGGCCCCCACAUGUGGGGGACACAUGGAAAGAGGGAGAAUCUGGACUCCAAGUUAAAUUCCCAACAGAAAACCUAUGCAAAAGAGAAACCCUACAAAUGUCAGGAAUGUGGAAAGGCCUUUAGUCACAGCUCAGCACUCAUUGAACACCACCGAACACACACAGGAGAGAGACCUUACGAAUGUCACGAGUGUGGAAAAGGUUUCCGAAACAGCUCGGCACUGACCAAACACCAGAGAAUCCACACUGGCGAGAAACCUUAUAAGUGCAGUCAGUGUGGGAGGACCUUCAACCAGAUCGCCCCACUGAUCCAGCACCAGAGGACUCAUACUGGCGAGAAGCCCUACGAGUGCAGUGAAUGUGGGAAAUCCUUCAGUUUUAGGUCUUCCUUCAGCCAGCACGAGCGGACACACACGGGUGAGAAACCCUAUGAGUGCAGUGAAUGUGGGAAGGCCUUCCGGCAGAGCAUCCACCUCACACAGCACCUGCGAAUCCACACUGGGGAGAAGCCCUAUCAGUGUGGGGAGUGUGGCAAGGCCUUCAGCCACAGCUCCUCCUUGACCAAACACCAGCGCAUCCACACCGGGGAGAAGCCCUAUGAGUGCCAUGAGUGUGGCAAAGCCUUCACCCAGAUCACACCGCUGAUUCAGCAUCAGAGGACGCACACGGGAGAGAAGCCCUAUGAGUGCAAUGAGUGUGGGAAAGCCUUCAGCCAGAGCACACUCUUGACGGAGCAUCGAAGAAUUCACACGGGAGAGAAACCCUAUGGGUGCAAUGAGUGUGGGAAGACUUUCAGUCAUAGCUCGUCACUCAGCCAGCACGAGCGGACGCACACGGGCGAGAAGCCCUAUGAGUGCAGUCAGUGCGGGAAGGCCUUCCGGCAGAGCACACACCUCACCCAGCACCAGAGAAUCCACACUGGGGAGAAGCCCUAUGAGUGUGGCGACUGUGGCAAGGCCUUCAGCCACAGCUCCUCCCUAACUAAGCACCAGCGGAUCCACACCGGUGAGAAGCCCUACAAGUGUAACACCUGCAGCAGAGCCUUCAGCCAGCUCGCCCCCCUCAUUCAGCAUCAGAGGAUCCACACAGGAGAAAAGCCCUAUGAGUGUACUGAGUGUGGCAGAGCCUUCAGCCAGAGCUCCCUUCUCAUAGAGCACCAGAGGAUUCACACCAAGGAAAAGCCCUAUGGGUGUAAUGAAUGUGGGAAAUCCUUCAGUCACAGCUCAUCACUCAGCCAGCACGAAAGGACACACACGGGGGAAAAGCCCUACGAAUGUCAGGACUGUGGCAAAUCCUUCCGGCAGAGCACCCACCUGACUCAGCACCGGAGGAUCCACACGGGAGAGAAACCGUAUGAAUGCAGGGACUGUGGGAAAGCCUUCACACACAGCUCCUCCCUCACCAAGCACCAGAGAACUCACACUGGGUAGACCCAUUCCACGUGUGCAGGGACACAGGAAAGCCUUAAGCCAUAGCUCAUUCCUUACUAGACUUGACCCGAUGAUACUCAUGAGAAGCAACAGAAACAUUUUUAUACACAAGCUUUCACAGUCAACAUACUCCUCAGACACCCUCAGAGUUCACAGUGAGGGAAAUGACGGUGGGGAUACUGAGCUCCAGGUCGUCCAUCCCUGACUAUCAGGUCAUCCAAACAGUAGGGACAUGUGCAAUCAACGUGGGGAAACUUUAGCCAUGAGUGCCCAUGAAUGCUAUGUCAUUGAUCCUACAGAGAGAGAAAUGGAGGAAAUGUAGUGGAUCUGGGGAAUUCUGUCCAAGGAUUGACCAUAUUCCAAACCAGAGAUUUUCAGAGUGGUGAGAAACCCAACGAAUGCCUUUCAUAUAAAAGAACCAAAUGCAGCCAGAAUUUAUCAUUAUUGCACGUUACAUUCUUAGCAGGGGAGAAGUGCUUAUCAACGGUGCAAGCUGACUCUGAUAGUCCCUACAAACAGUAUGGCAGAGUGCUCCAGACACGAGCACAUCCUUAUGGAAUCAGCAUGGAUACUCAGCUGUCUCAGUGCAAAGUUUCCUGAUUUGUGUGUAAAUUGUUUGAUCAAGAUACAUGGCAACCAGUCUCACAGUUUUGAAUUCCAUGAGACAAGAGUAUCCGUGUACUAUAAACAUUUUAAAUUAUCUGCGUUAUUUUGCAAUAAAUCAACCUUUAUAUGCAAUGGAAUUGAAAAGAUUUGUAUAGGAAGACUUGAAAUGUAAAGCCACUUCUGUGGAGUCUUCUGGAUUCUGAGAUGGCUUUUGCUGCUCUGCUUGCUAUCAGUCUCUCUGCAGGACUCACAGGCAUUAAGAACACAGAUGUUGCUGUUUCACAAAAAGAGGAAGAUUUUUCCCUUUGUUAAGCCACCAUCUUAUGAGCAAUAGCACCUCCACAUGGAACCUUAUGUUUUGCAAGAUUUCUCUCUCUUGAGAAAUGUACAAGUUAAUCUUCUCUUGAACAUUUUUCUUCUCUUGAUUCUUCAUCCUGGUGUUUAAUAAGCUUUUGUUAAAAUCUAAUUUAACUUAAAGGUCCAUAGUAUUUCAUCGAACUCUGAGUCCACUACCAGCAGUCCCCCGACAACCACUUGCUACCCUCAUUAGAACCCAUAUUUGAAGUGUAUUGGCUGGUUUCGGUCACCAACCAUCAGUUAGGGUUAUAUCAAUUAGUCUGAUUUUCCUAAUCACAAUGCUGGGAUGUAAGUUUCCAGUUAACUUGAAAUUUCUCCCUUGGGGGAACCAUGUUGCAAAUAGUCUUCCAAUACUGUUCCUCAGUAUGCCUGUGGAAUGCCUCCUCUUUUUUGGAAUAAUUUCAGAGUCAUUUAAAUGCCACUUAAGAAAAUCAGUAAAUAGUGCCUUGCAGCUCUCUGCAAUAGAAACAGUGCAAGCUGCAUCAGUAAACUUAAAUACUGUAACAGUCCUAUUGAAAAAGGCAAGCAAAAACAGGUGAAGUUAAUUCACUACUGGUCUCUAUGUAUCCCAAAUGUUACCAUUUUGACAUGUUGUCAAUAUAAAAAUCACUGAGACGUUUUCCUUUCUUUCUGUACACUAUGUCUUUGAACUCCAGUGUGUAUUUCACAUUUGCAGCAUAUCUUAAUUCCCUGUAGCCACAUCUCAAGUGCUCAUUUGCCAUGUGUAGCUGGCCAGUGGCUGCACUGAAAGGGAAGCUCAGUAGCCUUGGUCCUUUGAUCAGCUGUUCUGUCCUCCCUCUUUUAUUGCACGUGCCCCGCCCUCCAUGCUUCCCCUUGUGUAGCUUCUUGUCCCCAAGGAAAGCAGAUGUACUGGGAAGAUCAGCUUCUUUAGGUAAAUGGCAUGACAGGCUCCUCCCCCUAAGUCUAGUGUAGCAAAUACGCAAUGCUGGUUGUGCAUAUUUCAGGCUCUCUAGGAAUAUCAUUCUUAUCAUAGAACAUUAUGUUUGGAAAAAAUGUUAAGACUCUUCUAUUGCAAUUCUGUUCAGUAAAAAUGGAACCCAA